AUAUAGCGCUUGUUUAGGACACUCAAAGAUGCUUGUAUGCACUCUCACAUUCACACACUGCUAGUGAUGGUAAGCCACUUUGGGGCUGCUAUUUGGUGCUGUCGGCCCCUCUGACCACCACCAACACAGGCAAGUUGGGUGAAGUGUCUUGCCCAAGGACACAACAGCAGAAUACCCCUGGCGGGAGCUAGAAUCGAACCCAUGACCCUCUGAUCAAGAGGCAUUCUGCUCUACCUCCUGAGCUGCUGCUGCCCCAAAACAUCAAAGCAGGUUUAAGAUGAGCAUUAAAGAAUUCAUCAGUGGAUGAAAUGAAAUCUAAAUUAAAGAACAAGAGCUGCUUUGGUGUCUUUAACACUAGAAGUCCUUCAUUCAUAGAAUGAUAAAACCUGAAACUCAUCAAGGCAAAGGAAUACACAACACAGAGUAGAGAAAAUGAUUGUGUGUGUGUGUGUGUGUGUGUGUUUUAGUCCCAUCCUCCAUAUUUUAGUUGUUUCCCUGCUCCAACACCUCAAAUGGAUCAUCUCAAACAUGCAGGAUCGUCAUCCUAGGGGACCAAUUGGACAAAAAUCCGUUAAUGAUGGAGAUGAGAUACAAAAAUCCUCUAAUCUCUCUGCUUCUUCUGGUGGAUCAGUCCCAGCCUAAACACGGCUCCGUGUAAGCGAGGCUCACCAGUCAUCAGUGAUGUGGCGUAAUUACCCCCAACAGGUGAUUCAGACAGGAGGAAUGGCUAAUUCCAGUUUUUGGCGAGAUCCUGAUAUUUAGGACAGCCGGUGGGUCACGUUGAUGCUGGUGUGUGCUCUCUGUUACACUCGCCGCCACCUGCUCCUCCACCACUUCCACUCCUCGCCCCCACCCGUCCGGCUGCCAUGGCUAUGAGUAGUGACCCUGGCUUGGGGAGGCUGGACCCCAACUCGUCCACACAGAUGAGCAGCCUCACGGACAUCAUGGCUGCCAUGACAACAGAAGACUCAGACCCCUCACCUGCCAAUGGCAUGAAGAACGGCAAUGUUCAGCAGGAGGGGAAACAGGCCAAGAGGAGCGCGCGGCCUCACCUCACCGGCAGGAAGCUGUCUCUUCAAGAGAGGGGGACGUAUCUGUCGUCUGGCUCAGAGGGAGGCUACACACACGUGUCACCUCGUGGGGUUCGCAGACCCACGGUGGAGUCUAAACGCGUCUCCAUAUCAGACACUCAGGAUUGCAUCCAGUUGAACCAGUAUAAGGUGAAGAGUGAGAUUGGAAAGGGCUCCUACGGCGUGGUCAAGCUCGCCUACAACGAAGAUGACGACAAACAUUACGCCAUGAAGGUUUUAUCCAAGAAGAGGCUAAUGAAGCAGUGUGGGUUCCCACGUCGCCCUCCUCCAAGAGGACCAAAGGCAACCCAGGGGGAGCAGCCUAAGAUCCUAGGACCCUUGGAAAGGGUUUACCAAGAGAUCGCCAUCCUUAAAAAACUAGAUCAUGUCAACAUCGUCAAGCUAGUGGAGGUGCUGGAUGAUCCAUCAGAGGACAACCUUUACAUGGUGUUUGAGCUGAUGCCUAAGGGUCCAGUGAUGGAGGUGCCCACAGAGAGUCCUUUUACAGAGGAACAAGCACGUUUAUACUUCAGGGACAUCCUCCUGGGCAUAGAAUACUUGCACUACCAGAAGAUCGUCCACCGAGACAUCAAACCCUCUAACUUGCUACUGGGAGACGACGGCCACGUGAAGAUAGCCGACUUUGGAGUCAGCAACCAGUUUGAAGGGAAUGACGCUUUGCUGUCCAGCACCGCGGGAACGCCGGCCUUUAUGGCUCCAGAAACCCUGUCAGAGAAACGCAAGAGUUUCAGCGGAAAAGCGCUGGAUGUGUGGGCCAUGGGAAUCACCCUCUAUUGCUUCGUCUUUGGGAAGUGCCCGUUUAUUGAUGAGUACAUCCUGGCUCUGCACAAUAAGAUAAAGACCCGGCAUGUGGAUUUCCCAGAAACGCCUAAAGUCAGCGAGGAGCUGCAGACUCUGAUCUUACGGAUGUUGGAUAAGAACCCAGACACCAGGAUUACCAUCCCUGAGAUCAAGAUGGACCAGUGGGUGACCCGGGGGGGCACCGACCCCCUCCCUCUGGAGGAGGAGCACUGCUCUGUGGUGGAGGUGACGGAGGAGGAUGUCCAGAACUCAGUGAAAUUCGUUCCUAGUCUUUCUGCUGUGAUCCUGGUGAAAGCCAUGCUCAGGAAGCGCUCUUUCAGUAACCCCUUUGAGUGCCCAAGCAGGCGAGAAGAGCGCUCCAUGUCUGCACCCGGCAGCCUGCUCAUGGACUCGUGGCCCCUUCGGCCCUCUUUAAAACUUCACUCUUCACACAGGAAGAGCAGUACGGGAGAUGGACCCAGAGAAGGAGAGCUGGAGGACCUGCAUGAAGACGAGGCCGUCUCCUGAGGUUAACUGAGAGCAGAGUUUUGUCGCAGACCAUCUGCUACACACUCAUUUCUCCUUUAACCACCAUGCACUCAUGCAUUCCCCCAAUAAAAACAUUCAGACACGGGACGCCACUCUUGCAACUUUAAAGAUGAUAUUUCUUGCCGAGACACUCUGAAGCUAAAGCUUGCUUCCUGUUGGUCUCAUAUGAUCACAGCUUCUUCCGUUCUUCAUCUUCUGAGCCUCCAAAGGAUGAUUGAUGCCCUCGCAGUUACCAUCGAGAGUGAGAUGAGCUUUCUAGAUAGUGUGCUCAAAUGAAUGUUGCAGAAUAGACUGGUACUGUGCGUUAAUGUGAGAAAAAGAAGAUGUUUUUAUUUCUUUAUGUGCAUGGUGGCUUUCUGUUACUGUCAAACACGAAGCGUCUGUUCAACCCUCAACUCUCUGACUUCAGCAUGUAAAGUCACUGUAUCGUCUCUGCAGCAACUCACAGGGAUUUUCCAAUUUCAAUGCUGUACAUACGUGUCUUUAGGCUAAUUCUGCGUUCCCGUCUCAGCCCAUAUUUGUGCCAUUUGUAAUUUUUACAUGGAAGCGGUUGAAUUCCCUCCGUGGAGAGUUUCUUUGAGGAGGAAAAAAGCAGGCCAGCUGUGGGAAAAGCAACAUUUCAGUGUGAUUUAUGAUUCAUGUGAUGGCAGUUAUGAACACGGGUUUGCAAGAAGUCAUCGUGGACAUAAAAGUCCUAUUAAUUUAGUGUUUUAACGACUGAUUUGAGCAUAAUUUUAUGACGUUUGAUCUUUUUUUUUAUAAACAAGAACUAGUCCGAAGUUUGAAUGUCCUAAUCUAAACACGUACUCAGCUGCAUCUUUUAAAUAUCAGCACAGAAAUUUUUACAAGUCUUUUAACUUGAUGAGGCAAACAAACUUCCUAUUGGUGAUUAUGAUCAGCUUCAGCUCCUUUCUCCUUAGAUGAGCGUUUAAAUUAAAAAGAACAAAGCGGGAAUGUCCAUGUUUUCCAUGAACUGGAAACUACUGGAACACCAGUGUCUCUGUCCACAUGGAAGCUUGUUUUCAAUCCCCACGAAGCGAGAGGACUGAGAGAGGCAUGACUGAAAUCUACAGCUGUUCACGUGGACAAGCUUAACCACUUAUUAUUGGUUGAGACAAAUAUUGAGCUUUUUUGGCCAAAAUCAGAAGAAGUAUGUUUGGAGAAGCCAAAGUCAAAGGCACAGAACACCCUGCCAAGCAUGGUGGUGGAAGCAUCAUGCAGAGCUAGCUUUAGCUUAUGUUUUUAAUUAUCAGUGAAGCUAAAGGUUUUGUGUUCAUUCCACCCUGGAAAAGGAACAGGUCAUCUCAGUUUUUUUCCACCUCCUUCACAUUUGUGGUGAGUGUUUGUAAGCCUCUCCUCCAACUCAUUUUCAGGUUUCUAAUGCUGCCUGUUCCCCUCAUAACUUUUGGAUUUCGUGUUAAAACAUUUUCUUAAAGACCUGUGUGAUAGACGGUCAGUGAGAACUACAUUCUCCAAACACCUUAACCUGAGCCAGGUGAGGUCAACAGGACUUUACACCUUAAGUUUCUUUAUAACGGGGCUGAACGUGUUGCUUUUUGAGAUCUUUUAACCUCCUUCAUGUCAGUCCGGUUCUAUUGGAGUGAUUUCUUAGAUCUGAUGGUCUGCUGCUGGAGCUGUUCCCAGUUUUUAUAAUAAGUUCAUUCAUUAUUUAACACAGCGGGUAAUUGCUUUAUUUGGUCUCUACUGACUGAGCGUGCUUCUGCAUCGCCACAGCUUGAUUCUUCCCUCAUUAACCGACCUGCAGUGUCGUCCCGUGAGAGAAGGACGUUAUGAAGAUGAGGCUGGUGAGAUAGACUUGGACUGAAACAGAAGACAUGGACUGAUGGAGUCUGAUCACAAUUGGUGGUGUACAUCCACAGGUGAAUUGUGAAGCCCGUUGAUACAGAACAUUCUAGGUGUUUCUGUUUCUACCUGCUGGAAAGCCUUUAAUAAGGGCUCUUUAUACCAAAAAAUAGUGACCUGCUGUUUUCAUUUGCCUAAAGAUGUGUUUUUUUAAUCAAAGCUCUGCCCUUUAUGUUUGUGCAGAUGUUUAUCACUUACAGGGAAGUGAUAUUGUUCUUAUUACCUUCCAUUGCUAGAAAACUCAUGAUGCUCAUACUUUUUAUAUAAUUUAAUUGAAGAUCAAACUAAAAACCGCUGCUUGUAAUGAAACAUUUGCACUUUCAUCCACGACGGCCGUGUUAUAAAGAGACGAGCUGUCGGUUCACCUGUAAAAGACCAUAUUUACUGUGCUUUUGAAUGCAUCAUUCCAUGCUGUUGAUCUGCAUGCAGCCCCACUAAUCACUAUCAGAAACAGAAGCAUUCCUGUUUGUGCGAAAAUGCUGCAAAAGCUGCAGCGUUGGUGCUUUUGUUGUGCAUGUUGUGAAAAAAGGAGAAAAGCUUUUUUAUUUUUAACUGCUAAAAAAACAAAGACACCUCUGCAGUUCCCUUUAUGCUCAGUCCUCAUUGUUUUACUUUCAUCUCUAUAAACUACAAAAUGACCCUUUAUGAGACAGUUUGUCUAACUCUUCUGAUGGUUCUGAAGGACGUAUUCCCUGUUCAAACGGACUCUUAAACAUUUUUUAUUUUAUUUUAUUUCUUAGAUUUCUAAUCUCAGUGGGGUUUUAGCUGAUUCCAACUAAAGAUUUUUGCACCUGCAGAAGGUUUUGUGGCCAUACUGUUGGGAUAUUACACAUUUAAUUUUUGUACAUGGUCUUAAUUUGUAAAGUUUACCAUUUUUUACACAUAAAGGCCCAAAUGACCCACGGUUUGCCUUCCCUUUAUGCCUGUCCAGAUUUGUCUCAUUUGUGCAGUGAAACAUGAGGGGAAGAGAAAAUUGCUGGGUGCAGCUGUCAGCACGCGGUGCAAAGAGCAGGGCUAAUUUAAUCUAGAUUUCAUAUCAUAAUUGCAUCCAGAGGGGUUGAACUGUGUGUAUAAAAUGAAAUCAAGGAGUCUCAGAUCAGUGCUGCAUGUGUGUGUGGUUGUGUGUGUACAUGCGUGUGAAAUGCCUGCGGUUUGUGAUUCGGUUUCAUGCAUAAAAGAAAGUGCUCACCCGUCUGCAACAUGCAUGUCUCGUCCCAAUGAAAAGCAGUUGAUACCAUGUAUAUAUGUACCAAUAAAAAUAAGCUAUUUUUUGCAUGUUUUUGUACUCCUUAACAUGAUACAAAAUGAUAAAUUAAAACAUUCUGAACACCUCAAA